CGUGUGUAAAACUGGCUGCUGGGAUAUGGGCUCCUGCCACAAUCGAAUUUAGUCCACAUUUAAUAUCUUCAGUGCGCAGGGAUCAUCCAUUUUUUUUUAGCAUUGACUCCUGACACAAUUGAAUUUAGUCCACAUUUAAUAUCUUCAGUGCGCAGGGAUCAUCCAUUUUUUUUAGCAUUAUUUAAGAUGCUUAGUAUUGAGAGUGAAUCUGAACCUAUCAUGGCCCUUUUGGUUUUACCUGCUCUACCCAGUAUGCUGAGCACAAGUGUGCAGCCGCUGCGCUAAAACCGGUAAAUUCCUGCCCACAAACUAAACGUUGUUUGCAAUUCGCCAAUCAUUGGAAGCAGAAGGAGAACGACCAGAAGAAGAAGAAGAACAACAAAUACAACCAGAAGAAGAAGAAGAUCCUGUAGCAUAGCAUAGCAUAGCAUAGCAUAGCAUAGCAUAGCAUAGCAUAGCAUCCGUCGGUUCAGUGGACAAAGCCUGAGGUUCAAGUGUUCUUCUGUGCUCCUUGAACUGUGAAAAUGUUGAAAACAUUGGUAAGGGAGGGACUAAUUGCGGCCACCGACGAAAUCUUCGGACUGUUUGAAAGAACGAUAUUGUCGUACGAGGAGCAACUUUGUCGAGCGAGAGAGGAGACCGAGCGACACCGACGACAACUCCAAGCCGUUUGCAAGACUCAAGUUGUCAUACCCCUCCAAGAUGUCCAGCAGCUGAUUGGUCGUCAAGAAGAACUUCCCCUUCAGCUGCGGUGGGGACAUUCGAGUUUGAAACAAGAGGAUCCACAGCCCCCCUCUGUUAAAGAAGAGCAAGAGGAGGUUGAGGUCAACAAAUUGUCGCUGACUGUCGUCUCUGUGAAGAGUGAAGAUGAAGUACCCGAGUGGCCUCGGCUUCUUCAUCACAGUCCAAUUGGAGACCAUGGUGGAGGUCCACCACCAGACAACCUGUUAGCUCCACUGUCGGACAGUGACGGCAUGGAAGAACCUUUGAGGAGCGACGAAGACUGUGAAGGUGACAAACAAUCAAAAUGCUAUGAAGAGGCGACAACUCUCAACCAUGGAACGUCACGUAGCCGUAAAAAACGUGUUGCUUGCUCAGUUUGUGGCAAAGAUUUAGCUAAAAACAAAUUGUUCAGACAUAUGAGAACGCAUAUUGGAGAAAACCCAUUUAGUUGCUCAGUUUGUGGUAUAGGAUUCACAAAAAAAUCUGACAUAGGAAGACACAUGAGAACACACACAGGAGGAAAACUUUGUUGCACAGUUUGUGGCAAAGUGUUCAAAAAUAAAACAAAUAUGGUCAGACACAUGAAAAUACACACAAGAGAAAAACACUUUAUUUGCUCAGUUUGUGGUAAAGCAUUCACAUUUAAGUCAGACAUGGUCAGACACAUGAGAACACACACCGGAGAAAAACCCUUCAGUUGCUCGACUUGUGGUAAAGCAUUCUCUCAAAAGUCAACCAUGGUGUCACACGAGGUAACGCACACAGGCGUAAAACCCUUUAGUUGCUCAACUUGUGGUAAAAAAUUCUCAAGAAAGACGAACUUUGAGUUUCACAUGCGAGUACACACAGAACAGCCCUUUUUUUGCUCAGUUUGCAGGAAAACAUUCCCUCUCAAAGAAAGACUGAUAUUACACAUGAAAACACAUGCAGAGGAAAAACCCUUUAGUUGCUCAGGUUGUGAUAAAGAGUUUGCUCACAAGUCAGAUAUGGUUAAACACACAAGAACUCACACAGGAGAAAAACCCUUUAGUUGCUCUAUAUGUGGUAAAGCAUUCCGUCAAAACUACCAUAUGAAAAGCCACAUGAGAGUACACACAGGAGAAAAGCCCUACAGUUGCUCAGUUUGUGGUAAACAGUUCACUCGUAAGUCGGAUAUGGUUUUACACAGGAGAAAACACACAGGAGAAAAUUUUUGUAGUUGUACAGUUUGUGGUAUGAGCUAUACAAAUACGAGAAGUUUGGCUGCACACAUGUGGGCCAAACACAGGAGUAUAAGUGUUUUACAGUCACAGGGCUCUGGACCUCCGUGAAAUGUUUGCAUUUUUUUCCCCUUAAAAUUUGAGACAUGCAAGUACAUUUUUCAAUCUACUCGCACGUGUGACCAGUACAUUUGCUGAAAUGUAAAAAAAUAUAUCUGUAAUGUUUUUGGUUUCUAAUGAAUUACUGCUCCACACAUCAGCCCAGUUGUUGGUGAUAAAGCACAUAGUAUUAGCUCCAGAAGAAGAAGAAGAAGAAGAGGCAGGCGAAUGUGUUUGAGGGCGUUGGGGGUUAAUGACAACGGUGUGGCAAAUGUGUGAAAAGAGAUGUCUGCUGUUAGCAAUACAAAAAAUUUCAUCCUUGCCAGAAUGCUUGCUACAUACCUUUGUGGGCUGAGAAAAACAGCAAACCACCUUCUUUGCAUUCUGUGUAUCCACUGGUCUCGAAGGCCGUGUCUUUAAAUUGCAAGUUGAUCUGGUGCAAAAAGGUUCGCGGCAAUGCUCAUUUGAGCCACCCACCGUUUCAUGGAACUUAAUAGAUGCCUCACAUUCAUAUUUAAUUUUCUGGCAGUUAAAGCUGUCAAGUCCUUCUGUCCAUUUAUUUACCUGCUGUGGUGAAUGGAACAGGAAGUUCAACGGAAACUCCUUUUCUGAUUACUGGCAAGAUCGGAAGUAUGGCAGACACCUGGUGCACGUAGUCCAUUUCAGGGAGACAAAUUCGAGGAACUGCAAAUUCUGCUGUUGAUCCGCACGUGGGGAACACAGAAUUUGAUAUUACUGACACUGCUGGUUUAAACAUUAACUUUACAUUUUUAGUAUUCAACCUGUAUCACUUGUUUAGUAUGUUUUUGUGUCAAACCUUGCUCAUUAAAAUGCACUUUAAAUGUAGUUUCUGCAUUUAUUGUCCACAUAUUUAGCAGUAAUAUUAUAGAAAAUGUCUGCAUCUCAAUUUCCAGUAAAACCAACGUAGCAUCUGUUUUCUAUGUCACUAAUCACAGAUAGGAAGGUGGGGGAAAUACUUCCAAGGCUGUUUGCUUGUCUGAUGGAUGACGUA